GGUCCUACAUACAGCAGUUUUUUUUUAUCUGCCGAAUAAAACAUCUUCAAACGGCCGCGAACCUUUUCACUACUAAACCGGAAUAUUAAUUUUUACCAAGUUACUGUCGAGAACGGCGGCAUGACUCCUCCGACCGAUGAGGGUGUCGAACCUCCACAAAUCAUAAUGCUAGACGGUGGAUUUUCGACACAGCUCUCCUGUCACGUUGGGCACGUCAUAGAUGGCGACCCCUUGUGGAGUGCACGCUUUCUUCAUACACACCCUGACGAGGUCGUCAGUACUCACUUGGAUUUUCUUAGAGCGGGAGCGGACUUGGUGAUCACGAACACGUAUCAGGCAUCCCUGGAGGGUUUCGAGCAGCAUCUGGGUGUGACGCGCGACCAGGCUUACGAAUUGAUCGUGCGCGCGGUCGAGCUAGCCAAGCGUGCACGCACGCUCUACCUCGAAGAAUACCAAGAUUACUUAACGACCAAUCAUGAGCCGUUAGUGGUGGGCUCAGUGGGUCCCUACGGAGCCCAUUUACACGACGGUUCCGAGUACGACGGUAGCUAUGCUGACACCACAUCUAUUCAGACUAUGAGAGAUUGGCAUCGGCCGCGAAUCCAGACCCUGGUGGACGCUGGAGUAGACCUACUGGCACUGGAGACAAUACCCUGCCAGGAGGAAGCGGAGAUGCUAUGCGACCUUCUGCGAGAUUUCCCGAACAUGAAGGCUUGGUUAGCCUUCAGCUGUAAGGACAAUCAAAGUAUCGCGCAUGGAGAAAGCUUUCAAAAAGUAGCGCAGAAGUGCUGGGAUUCCAAUCCAGAGCAGCUGGUUGCGGUAGGAGUAAAUUGUUGUGCUCCAUCGUACGUGUCCAAUCUACUGAAAGGCAUCAACGACGAUCGGCCACAUGACCCCAUUCCACUUAUCGUCUACCCCAAUUCAGGAGAAAAAUACAACCCCCAAAUAGGAUGGAUUGACCGUGACAAGUGCGAGGCAGUGGAGACGUUUAUUCAGGAGUGGUUGGACUUAGGCGUGCGGUACGUGGGCGGGUGUUGCCGCACGUACGCUGCAGACGUGUCGCGCAUCCGCAACCAGGUGCAUAGCUGGCGUGACCGCAGGCGGUUCCAAGCCAAAUACCAGGCCAACACCAAUGCCACAAACUAAUAUACAACUAUCGUUAUUAAAACAAGAUGCAAUACAAUGUGCCAAAUACAGUUCUAGCCUGUAUUUGUAAUCAGUGUUACAACAUACAUAUAACAGAAGGUAUAACGAUUAUGUAUCAGUUUUAAUUAUGCAUACAUUUCCGACGGGUCUAAUGCCGCAAAGACGCCUUCACAAAUAAAUAUAGUUAAGCUAAGUCCGAAAUGAACGCUGUGUUCUUAAUGUAGUGUCAUCACCACCAAAGCUAAAAUAGCAGAUUACGGUGGUUGAUGGUUACUAAAACAUAAAUGAUUUUGUAACAAAGGCUUACAUGGUUCACAUAGCAAUUAGUGUUCAUGUUUUGUCAUGAACACCCGGUUUCAGUGGAAUUGCUACUGUGGUAUCGUGACACAAGUUGAACGAUAUGUGGACUAAUUAUAUGUAUAUACCUAUACUGCCCUGCUAAGCCAAAAGGCGUUAUCUCUGAGUUUCGGCCUUUUAGUAUUUUUAUACCAUUCAAUAGCUAUAAUAGUUUUGCAUCUAAUGGUAUAAUAGAAAUAGCGCUAUCUAACUUAAAACAUUUAAAAAACCACUAAGAAGUAUUUUUAUAUCUCAAUUUUUCCUUAAAUUACUAAUAGAUUUGGCGGCUUUCUUUAUAACUAAAAUAGCUGUAUCUAACAAAAUAUGUAUAAUAG